AUGGCGCGCUUCGACUGGGAUUUUGUGCGGGAGAGGCUCAUCCAGCCGUGCGUGGACGCCCACCUGAGGGUUUUCGAUAUGUCAAUCGAACGUCUCGACCAGAUCAACUACCAGCGCAACGGCAAGGACUUCGUUGUCCCCGGACCCGGCAUCCAGAUCAAGUACUCGCCUGCUAUGGGAGCGCCCUACAAUCUUGACGUGAUCUACUACGUCAUUGUGCGUCUGCUGCUGCCUGCGCUUGCGCAUGCAGCAUUGCCAACAUCAGCGGAAUACGACCUCGCCUGUCCUGGAAGGUACGGGGGCACAGCCCGGUUCCUACCUGUCGGCAAGCUACAGUUCCUGCGUAAGCCACAUGAGAGACGCUGGACACCUGAACUCUGCCAAGUAUGGGCGGCCGCAUCAUCAACAGUAACCAUUCCGGCAGCCAGAAAAGAAAAAGCACCUUCGACGCAACCCUGUGGGCUUGGUGACUGUGCCAUUGCACUUAUCACUAAUCAGUUCACUCUCGCUAUGCAGUUCAAAGCAGUCAUUUGGGGGCCGAAUGGAAGCCUAUGUGCUCAGAAUUCUCCAGGAAGAGGCAUGCUCAACCGUGGAUUACCCUGCGUGUGGUUUCGCCCCCUUGGGCUACAGUCCGCACUGCCACCUGCUCGACAUGCCGCCGUACCCGGUGACGACGCCAAAGUCCAACUAUGCGGAGCACGACGGCGACACACUUGCGGCACCCACGUCAAGCAGCUGCCUUUGGAGGCUACACGCGAGGAGUCCGAUUUGGCCAUUCCAGAGGACACGCUGGCCGAAAGCUUGCCACAAAAGCAGCUGCCUCUUAGAAGCAGCCACUAAUGGCACAUAUUGUGUACAUAUGAUAUAUUUAUGUGCUUCUGUACGAACAUUUUUGCCAUGAAUUGGUUGACGUAAAUUUGUGUAGUUGCUCUACAUCUUUCUUUACCACUUCUUUGAAUAAACACAGCUAGCACUC